AUGAUCAUGAAGAGACGACAAAAACGUUUCAACUACGGUCAAAGGUGUACUCCGGUGUCCUUGGACGCAUAUAGUUUGGAUAGCGUGUCCAUAUAUAACAGCGUGAGAAGAAAAGGAAUGAGAGCGUCGAAAAGAUCGUACGGGAAUGCGGCUUUCGAUGAUCCCGAAGUUCCGACGCAUCCGAUGAAUUUUGCCGGAUUGGCAAAUUUCAGUUCUGCCAAAGAGCAAUUGUUCGAAGAAUUCGGCGUCAUACCGCAAGUCUAUCCGAAAGUGGAAGAAUUACCGGAAGGAGCCGAAACGAAAAAUAGAUACGCGAACGUUAUACCCUUGCCGGAAACGAGAGUUCAUUUAAGCGUGAGAAACAACGAUCCCCUAUCGGAUUACAUAAAUGCAAAUUACGUUAGGGGUAACAAGGGGGCCGAAAAAUUGUACAUAGCGUGUCAGGGUCCAAUGGAAUCCACGAUAGAGGAUUUCUGGAGAAUGGUGUGGGAGCAACAAUGUAAAGUCAUACUAAUGAUUACCAAUCUUCAAGAGAAUGGAAAAGAAAAAUGUGCAGAUUACCUACCUCCAAACGAAGUGACGGAUAAUCUACGUCUCUUUGGAGAUUUCCAAGUCACACUGAAGAAAAGAGACGUCAAGGAGAAAUACAUCAUUUCUCAUUUAACACUAAAGAACAUGGAAACAAAUCUUUGGCGAGAAGUAGCUCAUUUGUGGUACUUGGGAUGGCCCGAACAAGGAGUACCAUCCGAAGCCAAUUCAUUAAUUGCAUUUUUAAUCGAAGCACGAUCUCAAACAAAAAUUCAAAAUGGAGCCACGACAACGAGUCCGACGGUGGUUCACUGCAGUCCCGGUACGGGACGAACUGGAACUGUGAUAGCUUGCGAUUUAUGUAUUAGAGAAUACGAACAAAAUAGAAUGGUGGACAUACCAAAAUGCGUGUUCAAUUUAAGAAGGGAUAGAGCGGGAGCCGUUCAAACGAAAGAUCAAUACGCGUUCAUAUAUCAGGUUUUAAAUGUCUACGCGACAAAACUCAGCGGCGGAGGAAUCGAAUCGAUUUAA